UUUGCCUUGAGCCCCAGAGGUACCUCCCCCGGACGCUUGUCACUCUUUGGUGAGGCUUUGGGCCUACUGCGCAGGCGUUGUCCUGUCGUAACACAGUCAACGGGUCACCCAGGGAUUUGGUCUGGGAGCUGGGAGCCAGUCGGAACGACAGAGGAGCCAUGGAAGCAGCCGGGAACGAGGAAAUCAGUGUUGAAGAUGAAGCUGUGGAUAAAAACAUUUUCAGAGACUGCAGCAAGAUCGCUUUCUACAGGCGUCAGAAACAGCAGCUCUCCAAGAAGUCCACCUAUCGGGCAUUACUAGACUCAGUCACAACAGGUGAAGAAAGCAUCAGGUUCCAUAUCAUCAAUGAAGCAACUAAGGUUCCUCUCCUGGCUGAAAUUUAUGGUAUAGAGGGAAACAUUUUCAGGCUUAAAAUCAAUGAAGAGACUCCCCUGAAACCCAGGUAUGAAGUUCCCGAUGUCCUCACAAGCAAACCAAGUACUGUAAGGCUGAUUUCAUGCUCAGGGAAUACAGGAAGUCUGGUAUUCGCACAUGGAAAAGGAGAUCUGAAGUGCUGUAUCACUUCAAACCCAUUCAAAGUAGAGUUGGUGUCUGAGAAAGAGGUUGUGAUGAGCAUAAAUUCCCUGGGCCAGUUAUACUUUGAGCACCUACAGAUUCCUCACAAACAAAGAGCUACCAAAGAAAAUGAGGAGAGUGCAUCAAUUAACACCUCUCAGGAAAAUCAGGAGGAUCUGGGCCUGUGGGAAGAGAAAUUUGGAAAAUUUGUGGAUGUCAAAGCUAAUGGUCCUGCCUCCAUUGGUUUGGAUUUCUCUUUGCAUGGAUUUGAGCAUCUCUACGGGAUCCCACAACAUGCAGAAUCACACCAACUUAAAAAUACUGGUGAUGGAGAUGCUUACCGUCUUUAUAACCUGGAUGUCUAUGGAUAUAAAAUACAUGACAAAAUGGGCAUUUAUGGUUCAGUGCCUUAUCUUUUGGCCCACAAACUGAGCAGGACCCUAGGCAUUUUCUGGCUGAAUGCCUCAGAAACACUAGUGGAGAUCAAUACAGAGCCCACAGUAGAGUAUACACUGACCCAGAUGGGCCCAAUUGCUGCUAAACAAAAGGUGAGAUCUCGAGCUGAUGUGCACUGGAUGUCAGAGAGUGGAAUCAUUGAUGUUUUUCUGCUGACAGGACCUACACCUUCUGACAUCUUCAAGCAGUACUCACAACUCACAGGCACACAAGCUAUGCCUCCUCUCUUCUCCUUGGGGUACCACCAAUGCCGCUGGAACUAUGAAGAUGAGCAGGAUGUAAAAGCAGUGGAUGCAGGAUUUGAUGAGCAUGACAUUCCUUAUGAUGUCAUAUGGCUGGACAUAGAGCACACUGAGGGCAAGAGGUACUUCACCUGGGACAAAAAAAGAUUUCCAAAUCCCAAAAGGAUGCAAGAGCUGCUUAGGAGCAAAAAACGUAAGCUUGUGGUCAUCAGUGACCCCCACAUCAAGAUUGACCCUGACUACUCGGUGUACGCUAAGGCCAAAGAACAGGGCUUCUUUGUGAGGAGUCCUGAAGGGAGAAACUUUGAAGGGAUUUGCUGGCCUGGUCUCUCCUCUUACUUGGAUUUCACCAAUCCCAAGGUCAGAGAGUGGUAUUCGGGUCUUUUUGCUUUCUCUGUUUAUCAGGGAUCUACAGACAUCCUCUUUGUAUGGAAUGACAUGAAUGAACCCUCUGUCUUUAGAGGACCAGAGCUAACUAUACAGAAGAAUGCCAUUCAUCAUGGCAGUUGGGAGCACAGAGACCUUCACAACAUCUAUGGGUUUUAUCAGCAAAUGGCUACUGCAGAAGGACUGAUACAGCGAUCUAAAGGGAAAGAGAGACCCUUUGUUCUUACACGUUCUUUCUUUGCUGGAUCACAAAAGUAUGGUGCUGUGUGGACAGGUGACAACACAGCAGACUGGAGUUACCUGAAGAUUUCUAUCCCGAUGUUACUCACUCUCAGCGUCACUGGCAUCUCUUUCUGUGGAGCUGAUGUAGGUGGGUUCAUUGGGAAUCCAGAGGCAGAGCUGCUAGUGCGUUGGUACCAGGCUGGAGCCUACCAGCCCUUCUUCCGUGGCCAUGCCACCAUGAACACCAAGCGGCGGGAGCCCUGGCUAUUUGGGGAGGAGCACACCUGGCUCAUCCGAGAAGCCAUCAGAGAGCGCUAUGCCCUCCUGCCCUAUUGGUAUUCUCUAUUCUACCAUGCGCAUAUGGCUUCUAAGCCUGUCAUGAGACCUCUGUGGGUAGAAUUUCCUGAUGAAUUAGAGACUUUUGGUAUAGAAGAUGAAUACAUGCUGGGAAGUGCUUUAUUGGUUCAUCCAGUUACAGAACCAAAAGCCACCGUGGUUGACGUGUUUCUACCAGGAUCAAAUGAGGUAUGGUAUGACUAUAAGACAUUUGCUCAUUGGGAAGGAGGAUGUGCUGUGAAGAUCCCAGUAGCGUUGGACACUAUACCAGUGUUUCAACGAGGUGGAAGUGUGGUACCAACAAAGACAACUACAGGAAAAUCCACAGGCUGGAUGACUAAUGCCCCAUAUGGACUCCGGGUUGCUCUGAGCAGUAAGGGUUCUGCAGUGGGUGAGUUAUAUCUGGAUGAUGGUCAUUCAUUCCAGUACCUCCACCAGAAGCAAUUCUUGCACAGGAAGUUUUUAUUCUGUUCUGGUGCUUUGAUCAACAGUUGUGCUGAUGAGAGGGGUCAAUAUCCCAGCAAGUGUGUGGUGGAGCGGAUUUUGGUCUUGGGGCUCAGGAAGAAACCAUCUUCUGUGACCACCCACUCAUCUGAUGGUAAAGAUCAGCCUGUGACUUUUACAUAUUGUGCCAAAACAUCCACGCUGAGCCUGGAGAAACUCUCAUUGAACAUUGGUGCUGACUGGGAAGUCCACAUCAGUUGACAAAAGAGUACCCCUGGUGACACACACAGGGAGCUGCCUACACCUUUUCACCCUUCCCUUGGCCUUUUUUUUUGAGAUUUGUGCUGUAGUUUAAUUGACUUCUCUGGCUCAAAAUAAUCUUUCAUUAAUUAGCAGUAUAUAAUGAACAAUAGAUUUCAUAUUUUAAGAUUUCAGAUUUUAUAUUUUAAGAUAUACUAAUGAUACUCUUCAUGUCUUGGACUCAAGUAGCCCUGAGAUAUUUAUAGAGUUAUGAGUCUUCCAUUGCCUCUUGGGCCAUGGGCCAUGGUAAACAGUAUGGCCCCUUGAGCAGCCUCUCCUUGAGCAGGGCUGGAUGGGUUUGUUUUAAUGUGGGCCAUGCCUACUUAUGUGGCCCAUUUGUUGGGGCUUGCUCAGGCCAUGCAGCAGAAUCGCUCUGGUGAUCUCCAAGUGGACAGCAGCCUCUGCUACACCACCCUACCGCAGUUAUCUCUUACUACAUUGACAUGAGCAGAACAACCCUCUUCUGCAUGCACAGCAUAUGUUGUAGCAAUGGGCAGUUAUUCUCUCCUAAAGACUGAUUUAGGAGCACAGAGUAUUCUUUUCCCUUUCAUCCUUCUCAGGCUCAAAAGUUCUACAUUAAUCUUCUUAAAAUUCAAAUUUCCUUUUUUUAAAAAAUUAAAUACUAUCUAUGAACCAAAGAAUAUUUAUAACAUGAGUAAACUACAAUUAAUAAUAGUGGAAAAAAUAACCACAUAGUGGUUAUAGUGGAAAUAGAACACAGGGUUGGGACUAGGAUGAGGCAAGUGAGGCACUUGCCUCAGGCACAAAAUUUAAGGGGCUGCCCAAAAAAAGCAAUAAUCAAAAUGAUAUUUUAAUGAGCUAUUUUCAAAAGGCAAAAUUAAUGCCAAAAAAACCAAACCCAUGGUGAAUAAAAUAUCAAUAUUUUAAAUAAAGACAGGAUCAGUAUUACAAAGUUUUCCCUUUGCCUCAGGAUCCAACAUGGCUUGGCAUGGGAUAGAACAUUAUAACAUACCAGUUGCAUCGUGAUGCUCCCUGCUCUAGAGACCCAGUGACUCCCUGCUGCCUGCUACAGCAUCUGAUGGGGGAGCCUCAAGUCCUCAGCUCUCCUCAGCAUGCACAUUUUCUUGUCAGGCUUCCUCCACUUAAAAGCUUGCCAACUACCACCUCUGUACCUUCUGUUCCCUGGGCCGCAGUAUCCUCCCCUUCCUCCACCUAUGCAAAUAUUGCCAUCCUUCCAGGCCCAACUCAAAUCCUGCUUUUCCAUGAAGCCGCCUUUCUAACUACCUUAACACCCCUACUCCCCCAUGAACAUUAACAGUGAUUUUGCCCUUCUCUGAAAUGCUGCCUGACUUUUGUGCUCUACUUAGCAUUCUCAGCGAUCAUACCUUAAUGUUUCAGGUAUGUCUUUCUGUUCCCCUACUAGACUGUAUGUUCCUUAAGAGCAUGUUUUAUCUCUCUGAUAUCCAACAGAGCACCAUUACACUUGACUUUCAGGAAUUGUUAGCUAUGAUUGGUUAACUGGUGGAUUUGAUUGAUUUUGAUUAAUUAAAA